AUCUACCCCCACACGCAGCUUUGCCUUUGCGUGCUUCCGUCUGAUUUCCUUUCACGAGCACCUUCCGUUACCAUCAGAUCUAUCCCAUGAAUUUUCGAAUCAAUUUCUCCGGCUGUGUUUGAGAUCAGAUUAUGGUUUCAAUCGGUCCUGCUUGAUCCAUUUAGGAUGUGAGGAUUUGUUGGAAUUAAAGAUCAAAUAGUUUUCGGUACUAAUUUCUAGAUAGAUAUACGACAGCUUCAGGGAACUAGAAAUUGAAAGUGAAACUGUAAUGGCUUGUUUCUGGAAGACUUUUGAAAACAAUGGUUUGAUUUUUGCUGCUGAAAUUGUUUUCACGAACUACUUUUCAAUUUGCUUGAGUCGUUUAAUGGCUUAAACUUCUCGAUCGGACUUAUGGACAGUGUUUUAGGUCCAAGUGGUCUUGAAGAAUUGAUCCCACCGACAGGGCGAUCGCUGAUACCUGGGCUGCCAGAUGACAUUGUUCUUUCCAUCCUCUCAAGGGUUCCUCGAAAAUACCAUCAUAAUCUGAAAUCUGUCUCAAAGAGAUGGAAGGAUCUUGUGAACAGCGAAGAGUGGUAUUCAUGCCGUGAAAAGAAUGAUCUUGCUGAGACUUGGAUCUAUGCUUUGUGUAGAGACAAGUCUGAACAAGUUUCGUGUUAUGUGUUGGAUCUUAACUCAUCAAAAAGGCGUUGGAAACAGAUGAAAAGUUUACCAUCUUGCAGCUUUAAGAGGAAGGGUAUGGGGUUUGAAGCAAUGGGAAGGAAGCUCUACUUAUUAGGUGGUUGCAGUUGGUCUGAAGAUGCUACUGAUGAAGUUUACUGCUAUGAUACUUCCACAAAUAGCUGGAGUUCAGUUGCGCCAUUGUCAUCUGCUAGGUGCUACUUUGCUUGUGAAGUCUUAAAUGAAAAGCUUUAUGCCAUUGGGGGCUUAUGUUCCAAUUCAGGUGAUCGACAUUCUUGGGACAUAUAUGACCCAUGCACCAACAAAUGGGAACCUUGCUUGGACAUUACAAAUAUUCAGAACGAAAUUGAAGGUUCGAUUGUGAUGGAUGGAAAGAUUUAUAUCCGUCAACGUUCUGUGGACUCUCAAGCUUAUGCUCUGGUUUACGACCCAUCGAGUGGAACGUGGGAGCACAGUGACUCAGAAAUGGUUUCGGGAUGGCGAGGUCCAGCGGUUAUUGUAGACAAAACUCUUUAUGUUUUGGAUCAAAGUUCUGGAACCAGAUUGAUGAUGUGGAACAAUGAAGUCAAGGAGUGGAUUCCAGUGGGGAGAUUUUCUGCCCUUCUAACGAGACCACCAUGUCAACUCGUUGCUGUCGGGAAAAGAAUCGUCGUCGUGGGGAAGGGACUCAGCAGUGUCAUCUUUAAUGUUGACAACGCAAGGACUAUGGAAGGGUUGAUGGUGAGUUCCUCUAUACCAAGAUUAGAUUCUGAUGUUGAUGUACUUUCCUGUAAAUGUGUAACACUUUAAGCUGCCACCACCUGAUAGACAAACUUGCCCUCAUGCAAUACCAUAAUGUAUAUACUCUUUCAAUUGAUACUUUGUUAAUGUUCUCUUUCAAUAUAUAUACAAGUUCUUGUUCCUAUCA